AUGAAAAACUCAGCCAAGCUCACCAUCAAGCGCAGAGUGUCCAGGAACACACCUCCCAACCACACCGGUGAAUCAUCAUCGGAUGAUGUUGUUGAAAUUUCACCUUCAUUGUCGGGAAACGAAACUUUACAUUUUCCGAUUCGUACAAUGGUCAAGAUUCAUCGGAAUGUCGUUUUACAAAUUUGCAUGUUUGAUAAAUUGAAAGAAAAAUCUACACUAAAGACCUCAUUGGCCUCUAAUUGGUUUAAAAAGGAACAUUUAAACGAGUUUUAUGAAUAUUUAAAACCAUUUUUGAAAAAUCAAAUUUAUGAAACUCUGCAAACCUCGUCAGUGAAUGGGAAAAUGUUUACGAUCACAGAAUUAAAACAAGAAAUGCCCUCUGAGAGAACUUUACAAGUAGUCAAGUGUCGAACGAUACAAUUUACUUUUGAAUUUAGAAAAAGUUAUUCAAAUUUCUUUUUAUUGAGGAGAAAUGACACGAAUGAGGAAUGGGAACGAGAAAAAAAGAGAAUGCAUGAUCAUGAACAAAUGCUCAUGACAAGUACAACAAAAAACAAAAGGAAUUCUGAUCCAAUUAUCAUUGACGACGAUGAGGAAGAAGAGAAACCAGUGAUACAUCACCUCGAUUUGGAUGACGAAAUGUUAAAAACUCCUCCCUCUAAGCGCCCAGUUCAUAAUUUAGACCUUGAACCAACCAUGGAGGAUGAUGACGACAACAAUCAUGACGAAAGCGUCAUUGAAGAAGAGCCGGCUCCUUCAGACGAUGGUCACAAAUCAAAACAGAACGUAGAAAACAAGAUUGAUGAGAUUAUCAUGUAUCCUCCCUAUAAGAAAAUUAAGGAAAGUCUUGUGUCCUGGAAGUACAGUCUAAUUGUGUAUUUUGAACCAAAAGAGAAGGAUAUUCUGGAACUCAUGACCACGGGAGCUAAAAGCAAGUACUUUUAA